GAACUGCAGCCUACGGUUUCUUACCUAUUGACGACGACCACGGCACACAACACCCGACCCCCGGCAGAACGACGGCGGUGAGAACUCAAACGUGUCUUCCCCGGACGAUGGACCGAGACGUGCCCACUGCUGAUGCGAACACGUGGCAACCCUCUGUUACUCCACGCUCGAUCACUCUCCAGACCAACGUUCUCAGAGCGCAGGAUCAUGCUUCACUGCCGCCGCUCGUGGAUCCCCGAUAACUCAUCCACGCCCUCCCACCGCCUAGAAAUCUCACCUCUUCCCAUCCGCAAUCCGUCAAAUGAGUAGAAGAUCCGGUGAGUUACGAUGGAGCAAAGGAUGGAGGAGAAGACCAAGCCUGAGACGAAGGUGGAGAUCCAGGAAAGGGGAGAUGUUUUCUUCUUCUACAGGCCCAAGGUCAACAAGGAGGAAGCCCGGAGCCCACAUGACGUGCAGAGACUCUACGUCGUGUUGCGGCCGGAGUCCGGCGAGCGGUCGGUGGAGGAUAAGCAGUCAACGGAUUCGGGCAAGGAAGGUAGUACCAGAUCUGAAGACGAGGAGAACACGAAAGGUGAUGGCGACCCAAAGGAAGGCGGCUAUGGCAGAGAAGAAGUGAACAUCGAACAGCAGCCGUUGCUCCGCUUAAUUGUGAUGGGGAAGAAGGGCUUACCGGAUCCAGAGAAGCGAGGCCGGCCGUUCUGGGGUUUUGUGGAGCUCGUAACGACCAAAGAGGGAGAUAUCAAGGAGGCUCUUAAAGAAGAGGAGUACGAGACAACGACUCGCGGCCACCGCCACAAGCCUCCGGCGCGCGCUCUGGCAGAAGGCGUGUACCGGAUUCUUCGGCACGAGUCCCGGCGGCAGAUGCACACCCACCUGGUCUACAAGCUCGAGUUCCCGCCGGGAGACGCCGAGAAUGACUCUCUGGAGGCGUUCAACCUCGAGCGCGAGGCCUCCUACCUCAUCCAGAUCAAGAACCCGGAACAUGGCGACGGCGGCGGGCGGGCGUCCAACAGCUUCAGAGGGCUUCCGAGGAAGCGUCGCGCGUCGUACCCGGCGCAUCUCCAGGGCCGGAUGGGGAAUCGGCGGUUCGUGCCGGCGGACCCGCCGGACUUCCUGAACUAUGAAGGGUGCGAGCUGCUGCUGAUCGCGGCGUCGGACGACGUGGAGGAGGAGCUGGGUUUAGUGCUGAAGACGGAGUGCGAGGCAGACCCCGACUGUUCGGAUCUGCUGCGGCUGGUGGGCGACACCGUCGACACCAAGCCUCUCCUUAGAGGCACCUGGGACUGACUCGUGUCUGGUCUCUCCCCUUUUGUUUGUCCUCGACCCUGUUUGCUGUGUCUUCUGGCUCCUCUUUUGUGUGUCCGAGAGCACGACGUCGAACAAGUGCGGUGACAGUUGUGUAACGUCCGUAAGCAUAAGAA